UAUACUGUUCAUUGCUAAGGUCCAUUUUGAAAGUGUUUAUUCUAUUCGUCGUGUCCUACCAACGCCUCUUUUUAUCCGUCAUCAUGUUGGAAUCAAGGAAAAGGCCCUUGCCGGAUGACGGAGAGGUUGCUCAAGCAAAGAAGCGGGUAUUGACGAGCACGAGUGGGAGCCCGGAGGUCAAUGGCUUGAGUGCUAAUCACGACGCAGAAGAACCUGCGGACAACCACCAGUUAGAGCUAUUUCGCAAGGAAGCUAUCUUCAGGCGCAUGAAGCAUUACUCGAGAGAGAACGAACGGAAUCAGGCGCGCAUUGCUCAACUGGAGCAACGAAGAAGCUCGUGCGAGGCAGGUCUAGUAGCUAUUGCCGCAUGCUGGAAGCAGUUGGUAGACACUGUUCAAACCCUGACGCCACCGGAGGACCUUCCAGCUGUCGAAGUCGAUACGAAAGAUAUUUUUGACUUGUCACAGCACAUCUCAACUGACUCAAGCCUCAAAGCUGCACUAGAGAAGAACAUGCUUGUAACCGAAAAACUAAUCGCAAGCUUCAUGAAACUCAAUCCGGCCACCUUCAAUGAUAAGGCAUAUCAACGCUGUCAGGCAUCACAGACCGAGUGUGUUGCACUUCGCUCUGAGAUAGCAAUUCUGCAGCGAAGGCUUGACGAGGUUCAGUCAGAGAAGGAGCAACUACACGACGACCUCGUUGCUGCUGAGAUCAAGUUAGACCGCAUGCAAAGUGGCACUGUUGCAGCCAUGAAGACAAAGGGUGAGGCAAAUGAAGAUUCAAACCCGGACCAACCAUGCCCAGCAGAAGGAAGCACCCCAAAUCAUGGGCCAUCAACUUCACCGCCGCCUCAAUUAAAUGGUCAUAGUGAUUCAUCCCUAUCAGAUAUGGAAGCUUUUCGAUUGGAGCUCAAAAUUUCCUCCGAACGUGCAAGUAAACUGGAGGCAGAAAUCAGGACUCAGGCGGAGAUCAUAGCGAAGCUCGAGGUCGAGCGUGCCGCUCCAACAGUUGAAAUGGUCUCUGGGACUGUGCAUUACAAGAUAUUAUCUGAGCGUAGGGAUCAGCUGGAGUACGUGAAAGCUGAGAACGAUAGCAGAAUUGGACGAUUGGACGUCACGAUACGAGAACUGCAAUCAAGUCGGACGCAAUUUGAGGAGGAGACUCGGGCUUCUGCGCAACAAAUGAAUCAAGAACUCAAAGCUGUACUUGCUAAGCGGGAUGCAGAUCUCUCUCGCCUUCGCGACCAACGUGAGCUGCUGCACGCCGAAUUAAAUGAACUUAGAAGUCGUGAAAAUAUAAAAUAUCAGUCAUCUCGGGAGCUCAAGGCCCUCGCCGAAUCACGAGCGGAUAACGCAACUUGAGUCGGAGGUUAGGAGACAUAAAGCGAAAUUAGCUGCGCAUGCCGGUAAUGAAGAUCUCGUGAAGCACUUCUGGGAGGGAAAA